ACUCCGACGAUCAAGUCAGUGUUCGGCUUAGAGCAAUAAAUGUGCUAGUGGGAAUAGUAACGUACCUCAUUUAUGUCAUAUCACCUGUAUAUUUAUAGUGACAUGUUUGGGCCUGGUGGGCCUUCAUUCUUGGGAUGCGGGUAACACGUGAAUUAACCUUAACCCUGUCUUAAUUUGGCCUGGUGAUUAGUAUCUUAGUAGGUAUCUGGUUUGCCACGUGUUCACCAGUGUUUGAUUUGCCACGUGUUCACCAUGGGUUUUUCACUAUGCUUUCGGCUAGGCAUAAGGCCGAAGGGGUGUUCGGUCAAGCUUGGGACCGAAGAAGUGUUCGGUCAAGCUUGGGGCCGAAGGGGGUGUUCGGCCAAGCUUGGGGCCGAAGGGGUGUUCGGCCAAGCUUGGGGUCGAAAGGACGUUGUUGAGUAACUACUACUCUUUGGGUCUUUCCCAAGGGACCAGAAGAGUGUUCGGCCUAGCCUGAGGCCGAGGGGGUGUUCGACUAGGUAUGGUGCCGAGGGGGGGGAGCUGUGGUUCAUCGGUUUGGGCCCCCCUCUCGGCCUAUCGUCUGACCGAGGGGGUGCCACGUGGUAUUACUCUUCGGUUCGGGCCCCCCUCUCGGCCUAUUGUCUGACCGAGGGGGUGCUAUAUGGUGUGGCCCUCCGGUUCGGGUACCCCUCUCGGCCUAUUGCGUGACCGAAGGGGUAUCCACCGGUACACUACCCCCCCAAGCCCGAGGGUGAAAGACGAAGGGGUUUUACGAGAAAGAGGUUCGGGGAAUAUUCAGGGUUUGAAAUAUGGGGGGACGUGCACUUUCGGGAGUCGUGUCGAGUGGACAAUGACAGUUGCAUGCUACCGCCGCCUUAGGGUUUCGUGCCUUGGGGUUGUGUCGUUUGGCGUGCAGGUGCAUUUAUUAUGAGCCUCUUGGGUUGCCGUGAGUGACUUAUAUAUAAGGUGUUGAGGUGGGGCUCUUUGCCUUAUACUUUCUCUGCAUCGCCUCUAGUCUUUCUUCUCUGAGCCGAAUACUCCUAAAAGGUUGGUUUUAUUUUUUGAUCUUAGUGAUAAUGGCCACCGAAGGUGUUACAUUGUCGUCAGGGUUCUCGGCCAGCGAGGGGGGAUCGGCCCAAAAUCCGGAUGCCGAGAUAUUGGCGUUUAACGCCGAAGUAGAGACGAUUGGGGGUCUUAGUGAGUCGGGCCCCGAGCGUAGUGGGGAAUCGGGGACUUCCUCUGGGUCGGAAUUGCCCGAUGCCGAAAUGAGUCCCGGGGAUUAUAGGCAAAAAUUUCCCCCCUGUGAGGUCCCCGGGUACGACUGGGUUGAUGGUGAAGUGGCGGCCUACUUCUCCCGUUUUCAUGAGAGGGCCGCCGUGAUACGCCUUCUUAGCCUUUGCACGUUGGGCCGAUGGGAAGGUUGGGACCCUUAUCCGAUCAUGCUUCGACGAUGCCGAGCCGAAGGACCUGGGGAGCUCGAUCUGGUUUUCCUUGCGAAGCGGGAAGAGCAGGGGGAUUUCUUUUACAUGUACGAGUGUUUCUUUCGGGAGUUAGGGAUGUCGCUUCCUUUUGAUGAUUUUCAGAUGGGGGUCCUUCGUGUAUUAAACGUAGCUCCGACCCAGUUGCACCCGAACGCGUGGGCUUAUAUGCAAGCGUUUCGGGUGUUAUGUAAAUACCAUUACGUAGAGCCGACUGUAGGUUUGUUUUUGCAUUUCUUCUGUACACGUCCGUCUAAUAAGACGAUUAAGUGGUUGUCGCUAAUUCGGAACCCCGACCGACCACUGUUGACACCCUUUACGUCUUCCUUUAAGGGCUUCAAGUCAGGGUUUGUGAAGGUAAUCAUAGACCCUGUAGCCGGCAGAAAUUAUUUUUACGAUGCCGAUGGGAAGCCCCUUUUUCCUUUUUAUUGGACUCGUCAGCCUCGGAAGUACGAUGACUUCCCCGAGGAUAUGAUGACCGAUGCCGAAUUGUCGGCCUUAAGCGUUCUUAAGGGAUUGCCGAGGUGCAUCCCGUCUCGGUUUCUGGUGCUGCUUCCCAAAUCGCCUCGGCCUCGUUUUGAGUUAGAGGGUUGGAUGGCGCAGCAAGGUUUGGGCUUGUCAUACCGGCAGUUAAUGAGGAGCAGGGCUCCGGCUGGGUCCUCUGCUGAAGAUCAUCGCAGUGUCGCGAUUGAUUCCCAACCGCAAGUGAUGGAAGCUCCCCAACCGGCGCCCCCUGUUAUUGCUCUUCCCGACCCAAAAAGCAAGAGGAGGAAAGACAAAGGGAAGAGAAGAACUGACGCAGCCGGUCCGGAGGCGCCGCGGCCGAAGCAGCGCAGGGUUGAAGGGUCUUCGUCGGACUUGGCGGUCCCUUCGGCCAUUGUGGCCAAAGACUUUCUGUCUGAAGAGAUCCGGCCGUCGAGGAUGAUGUCUUCGGAUUUGCUGUCGGCUCAGGGUCACACGAUGCUUGACUCGGCCUCUCCCUCGGCUCGAUGGGCUAUGGCCUGUGAGUUACAUGUUCGGGCAACGGCCAUUUUUAGGAAGAUGGCCUUGGAGCCGAUGGGUGAUCUUCAUAACCUCCAGAAGAGUUUGGAGGAUACUAAGGCGGCCCUUCAACAGUCCCUGUCGGCACAAGAGGCGCUUUCCAACGACCAGGCCGCGUCCGAUGCUGAGAUUGCCCGCUUAAAGGGGGCGUUCGCGGAGAUGGAGGCUCGGGCCUUGGCGGCUGAGGAGGCAAGAGUCCAAGAGGCGAAAGAGGCCGCUGCUCGGGAGGAGGAAAUGAAAGCCGAGGCCGAUGCUGUUAUGGCCUCUUUUCGGGCCGAAUGCGAGGAUAAAAUUGUGAAGGAGCACGAGGAGGGGUUUUGGCACGCCGUUCGGCAGGCAACCCACUUCGGUGCUUUUCCCUCCGACUUUUCAUUUGAGUUGAGCAAGGACUUUUUCCAGGGAGAGUUCCUGGAUUUUGCCGAGGCGCCGGAUGACCUUGAGCCGGAUAAUGCGGCCCCGCCUCGAUCAGCCCCCGCCGAAGACCCUGGGACGACUUUGAACGAUGACGACGACGAGACCGAGCAGACAACCAAUGCCGAUUAGGCGGCCUUUGCUCUCGUCUUUUUGAUACAUCUGUUUUGUUGAUGAUGUAUAGGGAUAGGGUAUACUUUUUGUUCUUUUUUGAUUCCUUAGGCCGAAUGAGCCAAAUUUGAUUGUACCCCCCCGGCCGUUAGUGCCG